UCUGCUACAACGUCCCUGGUGCAUCGUUUCUCGGGCUCCGAGGGUGACAGCUUCCUGGAAUCCUGUAAGCCUCCUCCUGGUCUCGAUCGGCCCGCUUACAACGUCUACAUAGACAACAUUAGCAUCUUUGGCAGAGGUAAGUCACAGACCGAUAGGAUCGCCAACCAGGUUUUCGACGGGGUAGAGAGUGUCGGCUUUCGGGUUCACGAGCGCGCGUCUGCCAGCAAGUGGGCUCUUACGCUCGGCCUAGAGAUCGACUUCUUGCAUAGCACGGUCCAAGGAAGAAGGCAGAAGAGGUGGAAGUUGAAGGCUGUCCUGGAGUGGUUGGCAGGUGCUCCGUAUGUGUCGGGUCAGGAGAUUGAGAGACUUCUGGGCCAUACCACCUUCCACUUCGGUCCUAAUCGGCUGUUCUUGUCCAUCUUUAACAACGCCUGUGACUUCAUUCGUUCGAGUUACACUUCUCGAGUGCGUCUCUGGCCCUCGGUGGCAAGGGAGUGCUGGGCCGCUGGGUGUCUUAUCUCGUUCGCGUUCGCAGAUCUGGGAAGGGACUUCGACCCGCUCGUGAGCUGUUUCGACGCUAGUAAGUGUGGGGCAGGGGUCGUCACGGCGCCUUGGGACUCGGCUCAGGUUCGUUCAGAAUGCGAGUGGCAGGAGAGGCGGCGGUUCAAGUGGGAUGUGCACGAUCGGGUUGCGCCCAGGGACAACAAUUUCUUAUCGCUGGACUGGGGGGACAUCGAAAGCGUCAAGCCAUGUCGUGACAGGUCGUCGCUCUGGUCCCUGGACAAGUCGUUCAGAGAGGUCCCGAAGGAGAACCUAGUGGGCCUCACCUGGACCAAGGUCGUUCGGAGUUUCUGGAAGGACGAGGAGCCGAUAUUCUGUCUGGAGGCCCGCGCGGGCCUGCUGGCGGUGCGUCAUAAGUUACGGGCGGUCUCGAGUUUCGGUGAGACUCAUCUGCACCUUGGGGACUCCAUGACCGCCACCCUGGCUUUCGAGAAGGGGAGGGUCAAACAUCGAGGUCUUCUGGGUGCCUGUCGUCGUCUUUUGGCUCUGAGCGUGGCUUCCAACACCAGACACCACUUCAGGUGGGUGCCUUCAGAGCUGAACCCGAGUGACCCUGAUUCACGCUACUUCGAGCUUCCAGUCGACAGCGAUGGCCGACGCUUGCUUCGUCGCUCCACGUCUCGUGCCUGGACGGCGGUGGUGCUCUCGCCGACGGCGGACCCUCUGGACACGGUGGUGGCCGAGAAGACACGUCGUCCAGCUCGACACCUGGUGCUCAAGCGACAGAGGGCGCUGAAGCGCGUCCGUGCCAUCGGGGGCGUGGUUCCAGCCCUGAGGGCUCUGGAGGGCGAUCGCACAGUGCUGGAGAACUCUCACCCGUCGGCUCCCGUCAGGAGGGACUACUGUCGGCGGCUCGACAAGUUUUGGGAGUUCGGUCGAAGCCAAGGUCUCUCCUUGGCCAACCUGAAAGUCUGCGACGACGCGCUGCGCGGCCUUGCCGACCUGCCGUUCCUGGACGGCGAGCAGGUCGACGCGGGGACCAAGCUCCCGGCCGCGCUGCAGGACCACGACGUGCAGCGGUUCGACAGGGGCCCUCUGCCGUUCCGCCUUCUGGCGGGCAUCUUGGGCAUCCUGUCGCUCCAUGGCUUCCACGAGGAGGUGCUGGCGCUGGCCCUCAUGUUCAUCUGCUACCUGCGCCUGUCCGAGCUCGUGACGGUGGCCGAAGGCGACCCUUUCGAGCCCGUGGCCAACGCGGGCGUGGCCCUCGCGUGUUGGAGUCUACUCCUGCGGCCUUUCGGGAGGGAGGAGCCGACCAAGGUCGGCCAUCUCGACGACACGCUCCCGCUCGACAGCCCCGACUCCCCCGGCUUGGGGGCCCUCCUUGCUGGAUUGCGCGGAGGGGACGCGGAGGUCUGGCUCUUCAGUUUCAGCCAGAUGCAGCUGCUGCGCCGCCUUCAGGCGGCUUGCCGCGCGGCAGGCCUGGGCUCGCUGAACAUCGAGAUGUACCAGCUUCGCCGCGGAGGGGCGUCGAGGGACUUCCUGAUGUAG